AUGUUGGUGAUCCCCUCGAUCUGUGUGUGUGGAUAUUAUUGUUUUUUAGUUGUUGAUCUUCCUUGUUUGCUGCAGCACCAGCAUCACCCUCCAAAUUGUUUUGUGGGUCUUCAUGCGCAGCAUCUCCACUGGCAAACCCAAAUCUAGCUCCGGUACUUCAAAACCGCCGGCCUCAACUCGUGACUAGUUAGGAGGCUAUGAUCGUUUAGUUAGCUGCCUAAUCCCUGAGAACAAAGGUUGAGAGGUCAGAUCAGAUUCAUGCAUAUCAUCUUAUUCCUAUGGUCAACGACCUGAAUCUAAGAUUAGAAAUGUCUGUGAGUGGAGAUAAUAGUGUUAUAUUCAACAUACAAGGCUUGGCCAAUUCAAAUGGACAAACGAUGUCCCAUGAUUCGCUUGUGCCACCAAAGAGCUGUAUCUUCAAGAUCCCCAAUAUACUCUCCAGGCAAAAUGAAAACGCAUUUAUCCCUGAUGCAUUUUCUUUCGGCCCUCUUCACCAUGGCCAUCCAAAUUUGAAAGCUGUUGAAAAAAUUAAACUACAGUACUUGCGAUGUCUUAUUUCUCGAUUACACACUUCAGAGAGAGAUUUGAUCAAAUCCAUCGAGGAAGUAGAGAGAGAGGCUCGUCAAUAUUAUGCCGAAUCGAUUGAAUACACUCCAGAAGAAUUUGUCAAAAUUUUGUUAAUUGAUGGUUGCUUCAUUAUUGAGCUUUUCCGCAAGGAUGCUUAUGUGGAGCUUAGGGAAAAUGGAGACCCUAUUUUUACCAUGUCUUGCAUGUUUCAAUUUCUAUACCACGACUUGAUAUUACUAGAAAACCAAGUUCCUUGGAUUGUGCUUGAGCGCUUGUUCAACGUGACCAAACAACAAACCCACAACGAGUCUUUACUUGUACUUGCCAUUCGAUUUUUUUGGACAACUUUCUCUCCCACAGCAUCUACCAAAAUCUCGCAUGAGCUCAAAGACAUCAAGCACAUUGUCGACCUGCUAAGAAAAUGGAUGGUCGUUUCAUCAACUAUAGAGGAAGGAAACAGCUCAGAAUAUUGGAAAGUCAUCCCGUCUGCUACGAGCCUCAUGGAGGCUGGAAUCAAGUUCGUGAAGGCUACAUCUGAAAGCAUAUUGGACGUAAAAUUCAAUGAUGGGGUCCUCAAAAUUCCUCCAUUACUAAUCCAAGAGACAACAGAAACAGCUUUUCGAAAUCUGAUCGCUUUUGAGCAAUGCUACACCGACUGUGAAGCGUGGUUGACUUCCUAUGCCAUACUCAUAGACAACCUCAUCAACACUACCAAUGAUGUGGACAUACUUUGCGACAGUGAGAUUAUUCAAAGCUGGUCAAAUCGAAAGGAUGCGGUUCAGGUCGUCAAUAAGCUUUACCACAAUACUUAUGUCAAAACUUUCUAUUACGGAAGCCUUUGCAACAAAGUGAACAGAUACUGCAACCACAGAUGGCCUAGAUGGCGUGCUGUGCUUGUGCGCAAUAAUUUCAACACUCCUUGGGCUUUUCUUUCGACAUUGGCCGCUAUCAUCCUAUUAAUCCUCUCUUUCCUACAAACCUUGUAUACCAUGAAAGGUUAGCAAUAUUACAAUCUUAUCAGAACUUGUCGUGUAUUAAUCGGUCCCUUCAAUUUGUCCUCAUCUUUUCGAUGUCAUUUGGGGAUAGAAAGAAAUAUUAUUUUCACUUUUAGGGAUGUACUCUUCUAAUGAUAUGUGAAAAAUGAAUUGAUUAUGUCAAAU